CCUUACAUAUCAAAUUAACAAAAGUAUAAUCUAUUUUGUAUUUUACCCCAAAAAGCUGAUGUGUUUGUAGCUCCUGAAGGAUCCAAUGAGUCAUAUAAAAUGAGAUUUGGUAUCACGUUCACACUUCAUACAUCAGAAAGCAAUUUAGUGCAACCCAACUCCGUUAGUCAAACAUAUCAACAUCUCACUUCUCCAUUUAAAUAUACAUUUAUAAAAUACAAUAACUUCUUAUAUAUAUAUAUAUAUAUAUUGUAAUGGUAUGUCAAAAGAAUCAGUCCUAGCUUCGUUCAGUUUUUUCUCAAAACCAUGAACCCUAAUCUUCCUCUUAGCCACGCCCCAUCAUCGUCAUCAUCAACAACAAUAACACCAUAUGGAUUAACGAAGGACGAGUUUUCAACUCUAGAUCCAAUUAUCAGAACGCACCACACGCUCCCAAGAUCGCCAAACACGUGCACAUCCCUCAUAGCACACCGCGUAGACGCACCAGCACGUACCAUAUGGAGAUUCGUCCGAGACUUCGCGAAUCCAAACAAGUACAAACACUUUAUCAAAAGCUGCACCAUCAGAGGUAACGGUAAAGAAAUUAGCGUCGGGACCAUAAGGGAAGUUAGCGUCGUGUCUGGUCUUCCAGCGUCAACAAGCAUUGAGAUACUAGAAGCUCUAGAUGAAGAGAAACGAAUCUUGAGUUUUCGUGUUCUUGGAGGAGAACACCGGUUAAGAAAUUACCGGUCGGUUACAUCUGUUAAUGAGUUUGUUGUCUUGGAGAACGAUAAGGUCAAGAGAGUGUACAGUGUGGUGUUGGAGUCUUACAUUGUUGAUAUACCAAAAGGUAAUACAGAGGAAGAUACGAGGAUGUUUGUGGAUACUGUCGUUAAAUCGAAUUUACAGAAUCUCGCCGUCGUUUCCAUGGCAACUCCGACUUGAAACUUUUUUUGUGUGUUGAAAAUGUCGUGUGUAUAUAUAUUGAUAGUUGGCCAUAAAUGGGUCGGUUUGUUCAAUGUGUAUGUGUGGAAUGUGAGGUGAGGUGAGGUGUGUAUACGUAUUUUAUGGACUGUAAUGGGCUUAGUAACCCUCACAAGGAGAGCUCUGAGAAGAUUCGACCCAACAAACUAUAAUACAAUUUUCAGCGGAUGUCCAAAUUAAUGCAAGGGCAUUGGAAUUAUCCUUCGGUUACUGUUUGUUUCCUUCAUUUUCAUUUUUGUCAAGUACUAACCGAUAUAGUUUUGAUGGAAGUUUAGUUCUUUUAAUCUUGAAAAUUGGAAGCAAUACGGAUUCAAUUCGAUAUAGUGUUGAAUUACAUUUAAGAAAUACAAUCAAGGCUUUUUUAUUGGAAAUGAAAUUAAAAUAUCAUCCAAGUAUAUAGAAGCCAAUAAACAUUUAUAAUCAAGUUACUUCAGCUGAAGAUCUAAGGUAUAAUAAUAUGUGAGAGAUAACUAAAUCUUUUUUUUGUUAAGUGAUAACUAAAUCUUCUGAUAGUACCCAAUCAGUUGGUGGCAUUAUCAUAUUUUAUAACACUAUAUAUUUAAAUUUAAUAUUAUAUAUAUUAAAUAAGAAAAAUCAAAAGGAUAAAUUUAGUAUGGGCUCCGGGAAACUAACCGUCCCUUAUACUAUGUCGGCACUGUUGUUAUGUUGUUAUUGCAAAUACAUGAAGCCUAAUCUGGAUCUUUGUUGGUGGCACAGGUGAACCACUAUUUAUUAAGACAAGAGUUAUUUUGGGAUGCUUGAUAUUUGACUGAGAAAGGGCUUUUGGAUAUGGUGUAUAUCUGCUGUGUAGUUUAUCCAUAUGACGAUCAACAAUGGUAAGUCAUUCUUCUUUUGGUCUGAUUAUUGGCUUCAUGUGGUCCAUCUUAUCGGUAUCACAUGUGAUAUAUAUGGAGUCUGAGAAUUGAGACUUGCAAGAGUUUCAAACGCUGUUAGAAACUCAGAAAGAAGCUAUAAGGACAAAGAGAUGGCCAUAUAGUACAUAUCCUUUCUGGUAUGUAAUAUUUUGGUGCCAAUCUUUGAAUGUGGGGCUGAUGGUGUAUUGUGUGUGCCCCAAUCUUUGAAUGAGUAUAGGCAUUAGGCACUGAGUAUCCUCUACUUUCAUGACUUGGGAUCAGAUCAGGGCCGGACCUGAAUAGAGGCCAAUGAAGCAUGUGCUUUAGGGCCGGUGAGAUAAUAUACUUGUUGGGGCCAAAAGUUCCAGAAAUCUAAUAUAGCUAUACUGGUAAAAGCGGCCAAUAAUUCACAUUCAUACCCGGGUUCAAACUUUUACUGAUGCAUAUUCUAGCAUUUUCGUCAAUUUUAUAAUUUAGUGGGCCAAAGAAAAAAUUGGCUUGUGGGCCAAUAAUUAUCAGGCACGGCCCUGGAUCAGAUUUAUACUCAGAAUGAGUAGAUGAAGUGGAGUGGGUGGUAUGGUUCGUGUAGGGUGUCCCUUGCUGUGCUUUUAUAACAUGGUUGGCAAUCGUGGUUUUUUUUUGACGGAUGCAUGUAUUCAUGUCCGAUUUUGGACGAAACAUUUUUCUUGGUCUCAUAAUAAUAAUUGGCUAUGCAUAAAUCUUUCGGUGUUUAAAAUAAUUAAAUAUAUAUAUUAACUGGUUAUUUAUCACUCAAUCCUAAAAUUUCAUGAAUCAUAGAACCAGUAUGCAUGUACGCAGACUCGGUCCCCAAAAUUUGUAGGUUAGAAACAACAAAAAUCUCUAGUUUGGUGUUCUUAGGCAGAGGCGUGCCUGAAAUGCAUCGAAAAAAUCAUUCGCCUUAGACUUCCGAUUAAUAUAACUUUAUUUAAGGCUCCAAAAUUUAAAUAAUUUAUAGUCUAGUGAUUUAAAUUUAUUUUAGAAAACCCUAACCACGAGAAUUCGACUAAUUCACAUAGUGAAUUCAACUUUUUUUUCUUAUAUAACAUAAUGAUAGCAUAUUUAAUUAAUAAACUUAUUCUUUUAUAGUUUUUUGUCAGCAAUUUUUAUAGUUUUAUACUUGUGUAUUUGGUGAAGAUGAUAUCUAUACUAUUA